AGGUUACGGCUGACUCGGCGACUCUGCCUGUCAGUCUCAGAGGCCGCACUCGCUUGCAGCCAUGAGGGUCGGCGGCGCGCCAUGCGUCUCCUUGCUGCUGCUGCUUCCACUGUUGGUGCUGCAGAACGCGGCGGUCAGCGACGCCGCCAACAUCUUGGCCGCAGUCUGGCUCAUCUCGCCCAGCCACUUCUCCAUGCUGGGCCGGCUGUUCUCGGAGCUGGCCGCCAGGGGCCACAACGUGACCGUGCUGAGCCACUUCCCUCGGCAGUCGCCCCAGCCCAACUACACCGACAUCAGCAUCGCUGGCAGUCUUCCCUCUUACGCCGACAAGGUCACUAUGGAUCUUGUGGAAAUGGCGUCGAGCCCGAUUGGACACCUGUACAACUGGCCGUUCAGUCUGGACUCUUGCCGGAGUGUAUACAACCACCCGGAGGUGGAGAAGCUGGUCCACACGCAAGAUCACUACGAUCUGGUGAUCGCAGAGAUCUUCUACGUCGACUGCAUGGCCGUGUUCGCCCACAAGUUCCGAGCUCCUCUUGUUAGCAUCGUUACGAGCAUGGCCUUCCCAAGCGCCUACGAUAGGAUGGGAAACCCUGACCAUCCGGCCUACAUGGACUCGUACUUUUCUCCCCACUCGGCGCCCUUUACCUUCUGGCAGAGGGUGAAAAACUCGUUCCUGCACGUCGUGGCCCGCUUCUGCGACUGGUGGUUCUCAGAGCGAGGGAUGGACCAGUUGCUGGGCGAGGUGUUCGGCGAUGCGGUGCCCCCGAUCGGAGACAUUAUGCGCAACACGAGCCUGCUGCUCGUCAACAGCCACUGGAGUUACAGCAACCCCACGCCCACGGUGCCCGGUGUCGUCGAGGUGGGCGGCCUGCACGUCAAGGAGCCGAGGUCUCUGCCACAGGAGCUGCAGCAGUUCCUGGACGGCAGCCCGCAGGGCGUGGUGUACUUCAGCCUGGGCACCAUGGUGCGGCCAGACUCGUUCGCGCCGGAGAAGCUCCAGGCGCUGCUGGACGUCUUCGCCGAGCUGCCGCAGAGGGUUCUCUGGAAGGUGGACCCAGCCAAGGUGCCGCGCCUGCCGCCCAACGUGAUGGCCAGCAAGUGGAUGCCGCAGAACGACGUCCUCAACCACCCGAACGUGCGCGUCUUCAUCACGCACUCCGGCCUGAUGGGCACCCAGGAGGCGGUGGCGGCGGGCGUGCCCAUGCUCGCCAUGCCCAUGUUCGACGACCAGUUCCUCAACGCGGACCGCGUCGUGGCCGGCGGCAGCGGCCUCAAGCUGCUCUACCGAGACCUCAGCCGAGGGACGCUGGCCACCGCCCUCAACCAGCUGCUCAACGACCCGAGGUAUUACGAGCGCGCCAAGCACCUAUCUCGGCUGUUCCGGGACCGCCCCCGGCCGCCGUUAGAGGAGGCGGUGUACUGGGUGGAGUACGUCAUCAGGCACCGGGGGGCGCCGCACCUCAGGUCCGCCGCACUGGACCUGUCCUGGUACCAGUACCUGCUGCUAGAUGUCGCUGCCUUCGUGGUGGCCACGCUGGCAGCGGCGCUGCUGGUACUGUACCUCGUCAUUCGCAAAAUAUCGUCCUGCUUGGUGGGGACCUCUCGCCCUGUGCCGAAAGGGAAGAAGAGGAACUGAGACGAUCCGCACCACAAGCCACGAUAACAGUUAAAUGUGUCAUCCACAGUCGCAUCUUCGAGGAGGCUGUAUUUGGGACUGAUGUAGAUAGCAGAUCUGGCUAAAAGAACUGUGCUAAUUUAUUUGAACCACUUUCCGAUGACAUUCUGGAGCACUGCCAAUAAUAUUAUGAAAUACUUGGUGCUAGCGUGUGACAGUGGGUCUAACAUCUCACAGUUUAGAUGGACUGAUUUUCUACCCCCGUGCACUCUGUUAUUAAAACACUCUUGCGAGUAAAACAAAUAAAGCUUACUUGCAAGAGAAGUGUCGCUUAGAUGAAACGCCACAUACACUGAAAUGAUCUGUUGCAUAAUUCUGGACACAAAUAUAAUGGUCCUGCUCGGAUGACUAAUGGAGUGAAUCUCGUAGUUUGUUAGUUACCGACUGCUUUAUGCCAUUUUUCCUUACCUUGUUUUAUGGCAUCUUUAAUCAAAGUAUAACUGUUGAAAUGGGAUAGGAACGCUAAGCUAAAAAGGAACUGUUACUUAAAUUGAGCAGAAGCAUGCGAAGAAAAUGCUGCAGAGCGGGCAGAAUUGUUAGCAAAGUAGAAAAUUGUACACAACAAGUACACACAGCAGAAAUUAAACUAAAAAUACACGAAGGUGUGGGGACGGUUAUGAAGCAAGGAAGUAGAAAUUGCUCAUUUAUUAUGUUGUUAAACGUUGGCAACAUAAAUUAAUUCCUAUACUUCGUCCUGCCAGGAAGGCUACACUCAGUUUGGUUUAAAAAACAGUCAGGAAUGCAGUCCAAGAGGUGAGAGUAUAACUUUGUAUUUUCUGCUUAUAACAAAAGGCGUAGUGGGUCAGCAUCAUGUCCAAAGAUUGCCUAACUUAUAUGGAACUUGGAGAAUCAUUCUACAAAAUUAUUGGUCAAAAGGUAAUCAGCUGAUGGUAAAAUUAUAAUUCUUAACAGCAUCUAAGGAACUGCUUCUGAUAGGAACACUUUCCCACAAGCACAUUAUAUUACACAAGCAACUCCAUGUUUUGAGACAACAGGCUCUACAGGUAAUUUCUGGAGGUUUCAUAGUUGGUAUAGCAUUGAUGAAAGAUAGUGAAUGAGGGACCCAGUUCAUAUUAGUAGUGCACUGCCGUUUCUGCCUAAAAACGCUGAUGCAGUAUAAGUAUGCUACAAUUUCGCGUGUCAUAUUGUAUUGACAUCAGCACCAGCACUUCCAUAUGUCCAAGGCCACACCAGGAUUCACGACAUCUGGCCACUUGAAAAGGUGGAGAGCACAGAAUGGGUUGGGGGGAGGAGUGACCGUGUAUCAGUAUCAGCAUUUUAUCUCGAAGACCGUUCCAGGAUUCAUAACGUCGCUAUCAUCGCACCUGGUCUCAUGCGAAGCCCAUGAAAUAUUCCACCCAUGGUAUAUUGGAGCGAGUAAAUAGCGUAUCUGUCUUUAAACAACUAAAAAUGAUCACUUGUAUAUAAAAUAUAAUUAUCGAUUAGGAAUUCAUAUUAGCUGAAAAUGAGAUUUAUGAUAAAUAUAAAAAUACUGUAAACCCAAAAUAAAAGCAAGUCCUGUUUCACAUCCUGCCUGCUCCUCUCCCAACAACUAAUGCAGUGCAGAAGAGGUUUGCUUACUGCCACCAGCAUUGUUUAAUCGAAGUAUUUGAUCUUUGUACCACGAUUUCUUACUACCUCCAAUAAUUUUCUCCAUUGUCAAAAAACACAACGGAGUCGUA